UUAUAAACCGUAUACGGUCGUAGUGACCGCCGCCGCAGUGGCGACGCGGAGCAACACGCGCAUUGAACGAUACGACGUCGUGGCCAUCGCACGGACGCGCCGCACACGCGCCGAGUACAGUUAUCAUAAUAAUAUUAUAUUCGUAUGGGCAGAGGUGAACACGCCGCGCAUUUAAUAACGCGAUGACAAUAAUCAUAAGAAAAAAAUAAUAAUAAUAAUAAAUUAAUUUAUGUGGGCCGAAGACGAGGACGGAACUCUCGAUCGGCCGCGUUGACGGACGAACAUAUACACAUGUACGCACGCACGCACACACACACACACACAAUACUGCGGCGAUUGCAGUGCACGAGUAUCAUACUCGUACAUGAAUACGCACACGCACCACGCAGGUACGUAGGUAAUAUACGAUUGUCGCUUCUUCGCGCGGCGGGCUAUUGUUGUCAUUUGUCAUUCGUACGUGCGCGAAAGUGAUUCGAGUGAAUGUACACGUUCGGCCGGCGAUGACCCGGUAAACACGCGGCGGCGGCGAAUCGUAUAAUCGACUAUAUUGUAUUGCUUAUAAUAAAUACGCGCGGAGUGACGAGUGCCAAAAAGCCGGCAGACACGUUAUAGCAGUCCGCAGCGGUCCGUCCGUACCGAGUCGCAUCGUCGUCGUCCGCGCUGAGAUUCCGGUCACAGUGCUUUGAAUACAUUUCGUUUACGACGUCGACGCGGCGAUACUGCUACGACUGCUGUUCGUAUAUAGUGCGCCUGCACCACUAUGCGCCGAGACUUCCGCGACGGCCAGUGAUCGCCAUGCGGUGGACCGGAUUCUGGAUCGUGCCGUUGGUUCUGGGAUGUUGCGAUGCCGCGGAUGUCCGGCCCGCGGCUAACCGGAAUGACGGCGGGCCGCCGAGACCGUUGGGAUUGCACUCGGUGAUCUCGCGCGCGCUGAGCCGCGUACGUGAGUCGACGCGCGACCACCGGUUGGCGGGCGACUUGUGGCUGGAAACGGUCGAUUCCGAUGGCCGUGCCGAAGACGGCGGAUCGACGGCCACUUCGGGGCCUCUGCCCGACGACCUCGCGGCCCAAGCAGACGCUGUCUUCGACAACCAUCGGCUGUCGUGGCGCGAUGCUGUAGUCCGAGGACUGGAUUUGAGCGUGUACAAGGAUCGGGAGAAGCAACGAUACGUACUCGGCAUAACUCGGCGCACGGGAAAUUCGCAAGCUACUCGGACUUUUGGCGUAGUAGGACGUCGGCGAAUGCAAAUGUUCUUCAUGUUACCGGUGAUGUACAAGUUGGGUGUGAUUACCACGCUUUUGACUGGUCUGGUUGUGCUCACCCUCAAGGGCGUGACCAUCGGCGUGAUACUGCUCAUCAUAGCCUUGUCUAGUAUAGUGGCCAAACUGUCAAAGUUCCACAAUCCCUACGCGUCUGCACCGAUGCCUGCGAUUUCGGGCUGGUCGGGUUACCAUCACGACCCUUACGACCGUUCAUCGCCACAGCAACCACUGUCGCCUUUGCAAGACAAAAACAUACACGUGCAUGUGCACACCGGGCCUGGGCCUGUGCCGCCAGCUGUGAGCUACGCGAAAAGUCCUCCGCCGCCAAUGCCGCAAUUGGCCGACGACGACGAAGUAAACAACUACAACAGCAACAAUUAUUAUUAUAACGGCGGCGGCGGAGCGUACUGGAAUCGCGCAGGCGAGGAAUAUUACAAUGCCCCGGCGAUGAAUCAUUACCAUCGCGGCGACAAUCACCAACUGGGCGCUGAAUCUACGACUGCCAGUAACAGUGUCUAUCAACAGUGGUUAGGAUGAUAAUAUUAUAAAGAUAACACAUUAGGUACAUCAUAAUACAGGGAACCCUCUGAAUACUGGAUACUGUCGGUCACUGAAGUAUUGUCCACCGUUCGGGGGCACUGUCCGCUAUUUCUAAUGCUCAAUUUUUAGUUUAUUUGAGGAGGCUUCACUAAGUUAUUUUUAUUUAUAUCGUAAUUAUUCGAUUGUGUGUACAACACACUUGUUGUGUAAAGGUGCCUGGCCACUUUCAAUUCGUAUCCAUAUUAGGUAUAUAUUACAUUGCUAUUUUAUAUGCAUUACAAUACGGUUAUACUUAUAGUUACUUUACAUAGAUAUAAUAAUACCGUGAUCAGGCAUAUUAUACAACACUAAUUUCUUAAGGGACGGUAGGGGGAGGUUAAAUAAAAAAAGUUUUCAAAUGAAAUCUUACACGACCGUUUCGAAAAAAAUAUUUUUCCGAAAACAUUUCAACCACUUACUCAUACAUACUGUUUACGUGCCAGCUCAAGCUUAAUACUUAAAUACUUGUGGUUAUCAAUUGCACUAAUCAGUACAUAGCACUUAAUACGAAUUACUAACUGUAGACUAUUAGACUAGCGACUAGCUGAUUCCUAUAGGUGUAAGUAGCCAGCAUGUAAAAAUACAUUGCAAUAUACAAACCAAAACUAUUACUCGUAUAGUAUUUUACUAGUAUUAUUAAUAAAUAUUUUACUAUUUCAAAUAGGUACCAGUGGCGUAGUUACGGGGGGAGGGGGCGCUUGUCCUCCAACCUCUUCUGAAAAUUAACUUUUAAACAAAAUUUGGUAAUUUAAAAAAAACUGUAUAUUGAAGUUGUAAAAGAAGUUGUAUAGUAUUAAGUUCUAUAUUGUAUCAUUUAUUUUAUUACUUUCAUUUACUAAAAUUAAUUACUAAUUACUACCUAUAUAUUUGUAUAUUUGACUUUAUAUAAUCCAUGUUAUUAUGAACAAUUUUGAAAUUUUGCCCCCCCCCAACUAAAAUUCUUAGCUACACCACUGAUAGGUACCUAUAAUAAAUUAAGCUAACGUUAAUAUUAAUAUAUUUUAUGAAUGCAAUACUUUAGUUGUAGUAAAAAUACAUUUUUGUCUUUUAAAUUCAAUUUUACAAAUGGUUGCCAUCUUUGUCUGAUGAGCUUAUAUAUAAGACAUUAAACAUAGAUAUUUAAAAUUUAAAAUAUCAAUAAUUCAAUGUGAUUUUUAAUUUUUAUA